GCGGAAGAGGAAAGGUUCUCUCGUAGCAUGUGGGAGGACGGGGGCGUGACAAGUUCUCAAGGUCCUGCUUAUGGAGAGAUGGAGCGUAACCCAUCCCGUCUACUUGGUCUACUCGAAAACUUUUGCAAAGCUGGGCAAACUGUUUUUUUCUUUGGGAAGGCGCAUGCGUCUGUUGUGUGGGGACUCCUCCGCACCGGUCGGAACGUCGUCACGUUGGAGAAGGAGGCGAGGAUGAUCGACUACGUUCACGAGUUCGUGAAGACACACGUUGCAGACACUCGCAAUGCUUUCGAGUUUGUCCGCACCACCGACGAACGAAACUGGGAUCCCAAACGUGACAUGUAUUGGAAAUUGCCGGGGAACAAAAGGACGGACGUUUGGGACUUCCUUUUCGGACCCGGACCGCCUGGUCCGACCGACCUCGAAUACAGUCGACGGAGAAACCUGGUGUUCGCUGUGCUCAAUGGGUACCCCGGUGCACCCAGGGAGUCUGUCUCGCACUUCCUGAGAAGGCUGGACAACGUUUACUUCACGCUGGCCGAACCGCUCACUCUCGAAAACUACAAGUCACAGCUUGACGAGGAGGACCCUUUCAACGCUGAAGACAUGGAGGAGCUGAGCGACUCCGAAACCUUCGAUUUCGAGUCCAUGCCACUUCCUCGGGUGGUUGGACAGCGCAUGCCGCAACCUCCGCCGUCCGGUCAGCAUCCGGGAAGGGGUGGUGGUGGAGACGAAGGAGACGGCGCAGGUGGCGGAGGAGACGGCUCACAGUUUGCCGGAAAGGGGACGGGUGAGACAUCGUCGGUAGAGAAGGCGUCCGACGGAAAGGGGUCGGGCGGAAAGGGGUCGGGCGGGAAGGGGUCGGGCGGGAAGGGGUCGGGCGGAAAGCGUAGAACGUCCGGGAGUCCCCAGUAUAUGGAAACUGACCCUCACUGUGUAGGGAGUCGAGAUUUCGACAUGCGAGACGAGGCCACCCUGACGUCUGAUCAAGUGCGAGUAGAUUCACAGUUGUCUGCGAGGAGUUUGUUUCCCAUUGCCCAGGAGAGGUCUCUUGUGCUCAACACCUUGCUCCUGAAAGAGGGCGCGUCUUCGUUUUGCCUGGAGGGCGGGAUGCCUGCAUUGCAAAGGAGCGAAGACUGGCGGUUUUGCGACGUGCUGGAGGGGCCCGCUCCAGGAGUGUUGGAGACCGGGAGUAGCGAGAACGAACGUCACACUCCUGGGGAAGACGAGCGCUCUCUGGGAACGCGUGCUGUACAUCAGGAAGAGGAGACUCAACGUUGGCAGUCUCGCAAAGUGUUGGAGACCGGGGGUAGCGAGUGUGAACGUCAUACUUCGGAGGGUGCGUCCGUGGACACUGACAGCGAGAGUGCAGGAGCUCGGGGGGAAACGCAUGCUGUACAGCGGGGAGAGGAGACUCGACACGGGCCGGCUCGUGAAGACGUAAAGUGGCUCCACGCACGAGCGCUGGUGAUCGGGACAUCCGAAGAGGUUCUGCACAGUCGCUCGGCUGUGGCCACGACGCGAGAGGGUGUCCUUAAGGGAGGUCAGUGGACGUCCGUGCAAGCUCCCGUUCUUGACGACGAUGAAGACGAAGAAGAACCCGUGGUGGAAGCUCAUGUUCAUGGCGAUGAGAAAGGCGGAGAACCCGUGGUGGAAGGCUCUGAGGUGACUGUCGACAUCCGGACGGAUCCACAACGAAAAUAUGGUGAUUCUUUGCCCACCCGUUGCGGUGAAGAACAGGGUGGUCGAGCGUCUGUCAUGAGCACCGCUCGGGGAAUGGUGCUUCGUGAAGCCAUAGAGGUGGGUGAUGACUCGGCAGCCACCGAGCUGGUUAGCGACUCAGGCGUGACCGAGAUGCAGAACGUCGAAUCCUCCGUGGAAGGCGGUGAGGUGGCCGUCUGCAUCAAGAUGGAUCCAGAGCGGAAAGAUCAUGAUUCUCCGUCCACCCGUUGCGGCGCCGAUCAGGGUGAUCGAGCAUCUGUCCUCAAUACCGGUCGGGAAAUGGUGGUUCAUGAAGCCAUCGACUUGCCAAGCCACUCAACUGCCAUCGAGCUGGUCAGCGACACAGCCGUAACCGAGGUCCAAAACCUCGAAUCGUCCGUGGACGUUGGCGCAGUGGCGCGACAGGAGGGCGAGUUCCCUCAAAGGGCUCCCGAGCACGGUAAGAUUUGUGAAUAGGACCACUCGCAUAUCUGUCAAUAGCCAGCUCUGUGUUCGUCCAAAUUGAUGUC